AUGGUUCAUCAAAUUACUCUCAUAUCUCCAGCAACUCUCAUAGCUAUUACUGGCAUGAGGAAGAAACUUGGUGAAAUAUCUGCUGCAACUGGAAGAUACAAAUUGAGCUCACUAUCACAACAACCACAUGUUCAUUGGAAUAUUCAAAGGCAUAUUCCAUGGUUUGGUUUCAAUAAUUCAUCAAAUUAUUAUUAUUCAUAUGGUAAGAAUAAUACAAGUUCCAUGGUGAAUGUUUCUGAUGGAGAAGCCAUCUCUCUCCCUCAUGGUUGGCCACUUGAAAAGGUUUCUGACGAUGAAAAGGGUUCCAAAAUGAAGGGUUCAAGCCGUUUCUUCACAAUAGGGCUUGUAGCAGCAUGGUACUCUUCCAACAUUGGUGUUCUUCUGUUGAACAAGUACUUGCUCAGCAAUUAUGGCUUCAAGUAUCCUAUUUUUCUCACCAUGUGUCACAUGACAGCGUGUUCUUUGUUUAGCUAUGUUGCCAUAGCUUGGUUGAAGGUUGUUCCUAUGCAAACGAUUCGAUCCAGGGUUCAAUUCUUCAAGAUCUCUGCUUUGAGUCUUAUUUUCUGUGUUUCUGUUGUAUUUGGGAACAUUUCUCUUCGUUAUCUACCUGUGUCGUUUAAUCAGGCUAUUGGUGCUACCACGCCUUUUUUCACUGCGAUUUUCGCGUAUAUUAUGACCUUUAAGAGAGAGGCUUGGCUCACUUAUUUCACCCUUGUUCCUGUUGUUACUGGUGUUGUCAUUGCUAGUGGGGGUGAACCGAGUUUCCAUUUAUUCGGAUUCAUUAUAUGUGUUGCGGCCACGGCUGCAAGAGCCCUGAAAUCAGUACUACAAGGAAUUUUGCUGUCUUCAGAAGGAGAGAAGCUGAAUUCGAUGAACCUCCUGCUUUACAUGGCUCCAAUGGCUGUAGUUUUCCUUCUCCCUGCUACACUUAUAAUGGAAGAAAAUGUGGUUGGCAUCACAUUGGCACUCGCCAGAGAUGAUGUCAAGAUAAUUUGGUAUCUGCUAUUUAACUCGGCUCUUGCGUAUUUUGUCAACCUGACCAAUUUUUUGGUCACGAAACAUACCAGUGCUCUGACUCUUCAGGUAUUAGGGAAUGCUAAAGGCGCUGUAGCAGUAGUUGUUUCAAUUCUAAUAUUUAGAAACCCAGUCUCAGUCACUGGAAUGAUGGGUUACGCACUCACAGUCUUUGGAGUUAUACUUUACAGCGAAGCCAAAAAGCGAACAAAGUGA